CUUAAAACUCUCUUAUCCCACGUCUUCUCUAACAGUUCUUCCUUUUCCUGAGUGCUCAUGUGUAUGUAGCAAGCUACGAACUUGACGGCAGUAAAAUGUUCAAUUUCGGAUCAAAAAUACUUAUACUUUUUCUCAUGGCUUUCCCAUGUAGCCUGAUAUCCUUCGGUAAGUCAUUUUAGCCUUCUGAAUUUGUAUUCGUCACUCCAGCAGUCCAGAGGUCAUUGCAAUAAUGAAACGUUAGCAAAGUUAACAUUGACGUGGCAUAACGCAGUUUUUCAUUCAGUGAUAUUUAAAGUUUGAAGACUGCAUUGUCUGAAAGCUUCGUGCUCAAUAUCCAUAUUUGAUCAAUUAAGUAAACAAAUGCAUUUAACAUAAAAUUAUAGCAGGAACAUAAAACUUUGGGAAGCUUUCAAUAUAGGCAUGUUGAUACCUCGCAUGUUUAUGCAAAUGUUACAUUUCCAUAGAUGUAAUUGUGUGGUGAAAGACAAAAAUAACCUUACAUGGAGAAACAAAAAGACUAAUUUUUCAAGACAAAAUGUGUCUGGUAGGCAAUAUUGUUGCUCUACACAACUAGUAUUCUGUGAUAUUCCCAAAGUUUAGCAUGUCUUUGCUGGAGGACUCUUAUUUAGAUAGGAAAAAAAAAAGAAGGAAAUAAAAUCCGCGAUCGUGCUGCCAACUAGGAGAACGGUAAUCUCUACUCUGGGUUCCCCUUUUUUCUAUGGUGACGUGUCCUAGGAUCAUCGUUCCGUUAGUACCGUAUUUAUACAUUGGAACACCAGUGCUGAGGCGCUGACUGUUAGAUUGUAGCUUUCCCUGUUACAUAGUGAUCCAAUUGAUACAAUAGGGCAGGCCUACUACUAAAUGAUUGGUUUUGCAAUGUAUCCAGCAUUUUCGAUUAAUCAGGCCUACCAAUCAUGAAGCAUAACAUGACCUAGUUUUAGUCUUUAGGCUACACAUUCUUUGUGAAGGAGCACAAAUUAACUAAUCUCUUUUCAUGAUCACUUGUAUCUAUUUAGUAGUGUCACUAUUUUACAUUUAUUUGAUCCAUUGUAUCCUAUGUGUAUUUUUAGUGAAGAUGGACAAACUAGGGGUAAUGUUAGGUUGAGAGGCCUGGCCUUUUUAACAGGUGGCGAGUUGACUAGUUUCUCAUCACAAUUAUCAUAAUCUAUUAUAGCAAUUUAUGUUAUGUGUAUGUGUUAAAACGCACACAUUGCUAAUGGAUUCUUCUCUCUGUUUGGACAGGCCAAGUAUCUGCAGACUCUGAGUCUGCAGAGGACAUUUCCCCAGAUUCAACAGUCGAGGAGGAGGAGGAAGAGGAAGAGGAUGAGGUGCUGGUGGAGGAAGAUCAGGUCCCAGGCUCAGUAUGUGACGCUGGUCGAACUGGGAUGAAAGCGGCUUCUAUUGUCCCUGCCAAAUGAACCAGACAGUUGUUUGACAUAUUGCUAUUUGAUUUGAUAUUUUGAAAUCUCUCAGGAAACAGAAGAUGACUUAGAUGAAGAUGCUGCAGUUGGAGAUGUAACCUCUCACCCUGAUGCUGACACCACCAUUGUCUUUGUGACUGGGGAAGGUUGGUCUUCUCUUCCUUGAUGAAGACUUUCAUAUCAUUUUACACUCAGUCAUUCAUUGUAAAUGAAAGAGACAGCAUGGAAUGUAAUUAUUCAUUCACAUCAAUGGUUUAAUUUGUAUAUCUUUGUGCCCUCUAUCCAGAGUUCCCAGCCAAUGAGAUUGUGAAGUUCCUGGUGGGUUUCACCAACAAGGGAAGCCAGGAUUUCACUGUCCAUUCCUUGGAGGCCUCCUUCCGUUACCCUCAGGACUUCCAGUUCUACAUCCAGAACGUGAGUCUGGGCUUUCGGAUGAGUGAUGCCUGCAUGCCUCAUCUGAGGAAUAGAAAGUCCCCUUGAAAACACACAUGAUUCUGUAACACUAUACAUUAUAAUGGGGUUUGUAAUCUGUUUACUUACAAUUUAUUAACUAACAAUUACAAGAAUAGUAACUUUUUAUCAAGCCUUUACAAACCCGAUAACGUAUGUAUUACCCAUGAUAGAUGACAGUUAGUUCAAAAACAGUGUGUUGUAUUUACCAAAUAUACAUGGAAUGCCCUGUAAAAUGUAGUACUGGGAACUUUCUGCCAUUGUUGAUCAGAAAAGUAGACAAGCUGUUUUUGGUAUCUAGUUCACAGCCUUGCCCCUGAGCACCGUGGUCCAGCCCCAGAAGCAGGCCUCCUUUGAGUACUCCUUCAUCCCUGCUCAGCCUAUGGCUGGUCGUCCCUUCGGCCUGGUUAUCCUACUCAAUUACCAGGACAGUGAGGUGAGACUAGAUUGAUUGAUUGUUUUUAUUAUUAGAGUGUUUUGCAUCUUCAGGAUGCCCAGCUCACAUGGGUUGUUGACCAGGUUCAGAAAUUCCUUGGAAUGUAUGGCCUGAGGCUUAGGCGCUGAUCUUGUGUUUUGACUGUUCCGCAGGGCAACGGUUUCCAGACAGCCAUUUACAACCAGACUGUCACUAUUGUUGAGCUGGAGGAGGGACUGGAUGGAGAGACGUAUGCAUUUCUUUGCAUACAUCAAUUCUAUUUUUAUGCCAAUAUUUGGUUACAUUCAUUCAUGUUUUAAGUACAUUUGUUUAAAUAUGGUAACACAUUUUUAUAGUAUGACAUGUUUCUCCUCCAGAAUAUUCAUGUAUAUCUUCCUGACUGGAUUGGUUGUCUUGGCGGUCUUUGGCAUGUACCAGGUGCUGGAGUCUAGGACGGUACAAGUCUUCUUCAACAUUUCAUGAAUCUAAAUUGUGAUAGUCUAAAAUAUCUCCUCCUCUUUACAUAUGGUGGUAAAUGUUACAUUCAAAAUGAGCACCAGGGUGAAUUAAGUGAUGACCUUUGAUCUAUGUUGUGCAGAGGAAGAGGCUCCCAGUGAAGGUGGAGACAGGCACUGGUGGGAUGAACGGUGUGGACAUAAGCUGGAUUCCCCAAGAGACCCUCAACAUCAUGAGUAAGUUGAGCUUUGUCAUGAGCUUUAAUACUCUCUCAUAGCUUUUCUUCCUGAGUGCAGGAAGACAAAUUCAAACUCUGCUUAUAACAACCACUUUUUUGGAAGUGUACUUGAAAAGGCAUCCUCUGUUUUUAUCUCGUCUGUACAAAGAUUAAUAUCAACUCAAAUGGCUAUUUUGACCAUCUCUCUCUCUCUCUUACUCUCUUUGUCUCUCUCUCUCUUACAGGCAAGGCAUCGGCAUCCCCUAAAGCCUCCCCAAGGAAACGCACCAAGAGAGCGGCGGGAGUAGAUCAGUAAACCAUUCCAUGAUCCGGCAAUCUUCAUAUCAAUGUCCACCAGGCCCAUGUUCAAGGCCCAUGUCAUCACAACCUCCAACAACCGUCAACACCAUCAAUCUCUGCUCAACCUCUGAGUGGACCUAGUUAGUUACCCAAGCUUUUUGCCGCUGAUACAUAGGCCUACACCUAAUGUCUCAAUGUCGAGGGUUCUUGGACUGAAGACACUGGUGUCACGAAUGUGUCCCAUUUAGACACCACUCUAGUUGGACAUGGUCAUAAUUGUGCAAAUUUGGCCCACAUUUCUUUUAUUAAAGGAACUUGUUUUCUUAUCACUGUGUGGUUGAAACACUAAAGGACUGAUAUGAGACUAAAGACUGAGUAAUUGAAUCACCAUGCCAGCUCCAUGAAAGACAUGGGGAAGACUUGGGGAGUUUUAGACCUGCCAAAGAAAGCUAUAAUGCUACACCAAAUAUUUCAAACAAAAUCUAUUCCUGAAGUAUUACGAUAUUGAUCAUUUAGUUCUAUUUCAUUCUGUGCCUUAGUGGCUAACAGGGAGUGCCUUAGUGGCUGACUCCUUGUCUGCACAGUCAGGAAUUGAGAUAGUGACCAAAAGGGUCUCCAAGUUCCUCCAAGGGAAAGUUUUCCUUGUUCAUGUGGACCAGGUUUUUCAGUGUCAUACUUUGGAAUAUCAUAAAGAUGCUUUGAAAGGCUGUGAAGAGGAUUUUGAAAGAAAAGGCCAUCGGCUACCAGGUUACAUUGUUAAAUGUGAAUGAUACAAAUGCAUUUGACAAAUUACUUGCUGUCAGUGUCAGGUUUCAUUUUCUCCCAAACCAUACUACAAUAAAUGUAACUGAUUGAAUUCUGUAAUUUUUUUCUACAAAAAUAAAAGGUAAAAGAUCCGGAGAACAAAUGUGUUCACUUUCCCCUAAAAGUUAAGGUAAUUAUCUUUUUUUUUUUACCCACACACACAUACUACGCUGACACUCCAACACACACAUACACACCACACACACACACAAACUACAUACGCUCACACACACAUGCAUAUUGAUGCCACACUCACUCUCACACUCUUCACACUGCUGCUACUCUGUUUAUUAUCUAUCCUGAUAGCCUAGUCACUUUUACCUACAUGUACACUACC